CAGCAAACUGCUGGGGAAUAACCUGCGAUGGACUAGUGUCCCGUCCAGGCAUUGGAAUAUUAGUUCCGAUAUGAUUGUGCAUUGUUGGCAUAAGCUACCCACAAAAAACAUGUUUAAAAAGUCUGGAGAAAUCUGCCACUGAUCUCCCCAGAUUCAAACCAAUGGGUAGUGGUGCCUCAAAGGCACCAAAGCCACAAGUAGUCAAAGUGAUGCCAGAACCUACAACGACAAAACAGCGCAAGAAAAGAAAUCAAGAAUUUCGUGAAAUAGAAAUUACAAAUCCUAGUGCUGAAGCAAGUAGCUUUGAAAAAGGUCACCCUAGUACAAGGGGUCAAGGAGCGCCCUCCAAUGGUUUGUCACAAGGCAGCAGUCAUGUGAUAGAAGAACCUCUAGGAAAUGAACAGAUGAAAAGUCAAUUACAGAAACAUCUUGAAAAUCCAAAUUUUGAUGAACUAAAUCAUAAAUUGGAGGGCAGUGGUCAGGUAGCAGGAAAUGGAAGUGUGCAGCAAGAAGCUGAAAGGGGAAGGUGGUAUGACGAAAAUCAGAGAUGGCACCCAAAGAAUCAGUUACAAGGUGGAAAUUCACAUGAUCACAGUAGGCCAGAAAUUAGUCAGUAUAAAGCAGAGGUAACAGGAUAUAAUAAUAUUCAACCAUUUGGAAAUUAUGGCGGCUAUGCUGCAGAUGAAUUCUAUGGUGGUGCUCGGACGGUGCGAUAUGGACAGAAUGCAACAGGUCGACACCGACAAGCAGCUCAUUUAAUUCAGCAGCAACAGAGGGUAGCUAAUGCCCUUCGACCACAGUCUCAUGAUGUACCGCAUAAGAAUAAAGACACAUUCAGUCUUGCAAAGCAGAUACAAAAAAUGGAGGAUGAAGAUGUGAUUGUAUUUGAAACAUUUUAUCACCAUAAUGGAAGAUCAUACACCUGCAUCAAUCAAGGAGGCCAACGAUUCUACAUGGACUCCUUUGACACGCAGGAAUGGCAGCCAUUUCCCAACCUCUGGUACUCUCAAGGCCACUUUGAGCGGGAUGGAGAAGCAAUAAAAGACGCCGAACAGGCUGACCCUCUAGCCCGUCAGGAGCUCCAAUUUGGUAUGACGCCAUCAACAAGUUACAACCAACAAUCACUGCCCACAUCUUUAAGAGAUAUUAAUGUCUCCCCUGGACUUGGUGGCUCUCAAAUGGAUGAUCGAGCUGGUACCAUUCAACAUCCCACAAGAGGGCGCAUUCUGACAUACAUCUUUGAGGAGAAACGCAACAUCCACUGUUACUUUGAUGAUGCAACAGGGGGAUGGAUUAAGAUGCCGAUUUCUUGGGAACAGCACACAGAUUUCAUCAAACCCCUCGUACAACAGAUUAAGGAAACGCUCCCAACAUGGGAAGAUAAAUAUGAUAUUGUUGCUGCUUUACGGCAAAGUAACUAUGACCUUGAUGAUACCGUGUCAACAUACUAUGCAGUGGGGGACACAGGAGUAAUGGACACCCCCGAUAGACUUGCCGGAUUGAACUCUAACGUGAUCAAGGAAAAAGAUGACCGGAUUUCCAUUCUGCAAACAAAACUCGCAAAAUUAUCAAGAGAGCAUGAAAUGAUGAAAAUGGAGAACCACGAGCUUGAGACAGAUAACAAUAUUAUGAAAGUCCAGUUUACCAUGCUACAAGAGCAAGUUACAACUUUGGAGGUGGAUGUGAAAACAGCAAACCUAAAGGUUACAUCUUUGCAGCAAGAACGUCCAAACACCGCAAGACCAAUCACUCGGAUGAAUACUAAGAUACAAGCCCCAGAGCCCCAGGUCCCAGUUAUUGAUGAGGAAACUCUGAAGAAGGUUGACAAGCAGAUUAAGGCACUAGACAAGGCUCAUCGUGGUCUGAAAAAUCAUGUUAAGGAGUGCUUUGCAGACAUAAAUGACUUAUUGGGACAGGCGCGUAAAGCUGUGUCACAGAUGACAAACAUUGGAAGCAGCACUAAUCAAGAGCUGGAGGAUUUGAAGGUGCUUUACAAGAAAGAGUGUCUUCAAAGGAAACUCCUUUACAAUCAGAUUCAAGAACUACGUGGCAAUAUACGCGUUUUCUGCCGUGUACGCUUUGACGAUCGGACUGAGAACUGUCAUGAGUUUCCAUCCGAUCAAGAUAUUAUGUGCAAUAAUGCAGCGGGAAAGAAGGCCAGCUUUAUGUUUGACAAAGUAUUCACUCCGGAAUCAACUCAGACAGAGGUAUUUGCGGAGGUUCUACCAACGAUAACAUCUUGUGUCGAUGGCUACAAUGUCUGUAUCAUGGCAUAUGGUCAAACUGGAUCGGGAAAGACGUUCACAAUGAUGGGACCACCUGCGGACCCUGGUGUUAAUAUCAGAUCCAUCAGGGAGCUACUGAAAGUCUGCAGUGAACGUACUAAGAUAUCCUACACCCUUAAGGUUUCUAUGGUUGAGGUAUAUAAUGAGCAUGUACGGGAUUUACUGUCAGAGCAAAACAAGGAAGCAUUGGACAUAAGGAUGCAGGGGAAGAGACUAGUCAUUAAGGGACUGACAGAGUUCCAAGUGAACGACGAGAGUGACAUCACUAAGGUCAUGGAAAUUGGAGACAGGAAUCGGUCUGUAGCAUCUACCAAAAUGAAUUCAAGCAGUUCUCGUUCACACUUACUGCUAAUCCUGACUGUAGAGGGAGUCAACAAGGUGUCUAACGCCACAAGUUUUGGGUCACUGACUCUGGUUGAUUUAGCUGGAUCUGAGAGAAUUGCCAAGACAGAGGCAACUGGGCAAAGAUUAGUGGAGGCUGCCGCUAUUAACAAGUCACUUACCUCACUCGGACAGGUUUUCACAGGCUUGAGAUUAAAUACUUUGCAUAUACCUUACAGAAAUUCCAAAUUAACACACCUUCUUCAGCCAUCACUAGGAGGAGAUGCAAAAGCUUGUUUAUUUGUUAACGUGAGUCCAGACAAGAAGAACAAGAGCGAGUCAAUGAGCACACUUCAGUUUGGAGCAAACGCUAAACAAGUUCAACUUGGUAAAGCAACUCAAAACAUCAAGGGCCAUUAAGGAAAUGUUAAAUAAUCUAAAAUCUAAUACAAUAACUUGACCACAUGGGCUGCUGCUGUAUCACAGAUAAAACCCAACCAGAACACUUCUUCAAACAUUGAGAGAUUGCGGGUUCAAUUCCCACCAACAAGGCACAAUUAAUAAGGAACUUUUUUGUUAAUGUUUUAUUACCAAAACGAUUUUUACUUCAUUGUUCCUUUCCUCCGCCAUGGAAGUAAUUAUGUAUUCACUGCUAUCUGUGUGUUAGCAAGAUUACACAAAUGCUAAGAAUGGAUCAUUGUAAAAUUUAGUGGAAUGUUACAUCGUAAUCGAAGAAAGACAUUCCGUUUUUGGAAGGAAAGGUCAAAGGACAAGGCAAAGGUCAUAGAAAUUCAAAUUUCCCACCAUAUUCAUUCAGCACUCAAGAAAACAAGGUGCAUGAAUAUGAUGGGCAAUUCCAUUAUUUCCUUGAGAGUGUGCUGCAGUCUCUCCCAUCAUACACGGCCUGCAUAUUGUGUAGGUUCAUGGCCACUCUAUGGAGUGUCUGCUAUAGUUCGAGCAUUGUUUAUACCAUCAUUUUAUGUUUAUGAAAUAAUAUAUUAUAAUAACAAUAGAUAAUAAUAACUUGUGCUAAAUAUUGUCUUCGUAAAAAAUUUGUAAGAGUUCUAUUAGAGGCUGGAAUAAUGAGGCAACCCAUGAUAUUCAGUAAUAAUAUUGACUUUAUAUUUUUUUUAUAAAAGUUAUUUUGCUUUCACCUGGUGUUUUUUUGUUUUUUUUUCUGGGUGUUAUUUUUCUCUUGUUUGUACUGUGUGGCUUCUGCUUUUUAAGGUUUCUCCAUAUGUUCAUAUAUCCAUAUACAUUUGCAUAGAGGUUUAUAUUUAUAUACUGUUAUGUAUUUUACAUUGUUUCUUACCUGUAAGUGGCGAUUCUUCACUGUUGGAAAACUAAAUAAAAAUAAAACAAUUUGGAGUUAUGAUAUUUCUAUUGAUGACUGUACAUAUUAAUUUAUGCCAGGACCGUCCUACCAACAGACUUUCUUCUGAUACAUUUAUGUUAUCUGUUCCUCAAUGUAAAUCAAAAUCCCAUAAAUAUAAAAUUUUCAGAAAAUUAUGCCCAUCUGGAAUAACCUUCCUUUAGUAGGGGGUGGAGGGAUUUAGGGGGACUGCCUGGUCCCCAUUUUGAAAAUUAAAAUUUAAAAAAAAGAAAGAAAAAGAAAUUAUUGAUCGCCCAAAAUACAAGAUACAAGAUAACUUUAUUGUCCGAAUGAAAAUUACAUUUGGAUGUUACAUCGCAUGAAAAAUGCAUCAGGGCUUAUUUCUGGGUGUAUAGAAAACAAAAAUUUCAUUGUCGCAUGAUUGACCCCCUAGAGUAGUGUUGUCUCUCGGUCACCCCUGCUUUCGGACAUCUCUGGAUCAACCCCUAUUAUCUAAUUGAUUAGAUUCUUUUUAACUUUCAAAAAAACAAAAUGUUUGAAUUUUAUAAUGCUAAAUUGAAAUCAAAUUUUCUUCCUAAGAAUACUUGCACAUGGAUAUUGUUUUGUCACUGCAUUGCUGUUGUUAAAUGCUGAAAUUUUUCUAAUUAAAUUUUUUUUUUUUUUUCAAAUUACACAAAUCUUUAAGUUUUAUUUAUUUUUGGUUGUAAUUUUACUAUUUUAAAUGUUAUUUUUAGGUGUGAAUUUUUAAAAUAAUAUAUUUUUUUUAUGUAUCUGUUGUAAUCCAUGUAAAUAUGUCAAUUUAAAUGAACAAAUAAUUCAAUUCUUUUGAAUUUUAUUGUAAAUAAUUAUUAAUUUCAAUAAUUUUGAUUGUAAUAUUAAUUUAAGCUAUAGUAAUAAUUAAAAAACAUAAUCUUAUUUAAUUGUAUUUCAAUUUAAUUUGUAAAAAUAAUUUGAAUAAUGUAGGUUUUAUUUCAUUUUUUCCUUUUUAUUCUAUUGCAACUUUGUUAUAUUUAUAUUUUUAUAAAGGUGACAGUUUAUUGCAAAAAUCAGCAAGAAAAUGUCAAUGCCAUAACUAAAUGAAUGAAUUCCUUCAUGAAUUAAUAAAGUGCAGGAAACAUUGAGCAAAUUAUAUAAUGCAAUAUGUAAAAAAAUGACUAUAGGCUUAUUGUAUUUAUUUAUAUGAGUUGACUAGUAUUGUAAAAUACAUAUAAAAAUGAUGCGGGCUUUAUUAAAUAAAACAUGUGUUAUGAAUACACAGGGUACAGUAUGCUUAUUUCUCCGUGAAUAAAUAAUCAUAAACACA